AUGGGGGGAGGAGGGAGCGCAGCAGCAGGGAUCGGAUCCGCAGCGGGGAGCGGGAUCGAUCCCGCUACUCCAGCUACCGAUCCCGGGAUCGGGAGCGGCGAUCCCGGGAUCGGGAGCGCGAGCGACGCUCGCGCGAGCGAUCGAGGGAGCGAGGCCGAUCCCGAUCCCGGGAUCGAUCCCGGGAGCGGGAUCGAUCGCCCCACAGACACAGGGAGCGAUCCCGCGAGGCCCGCCACCGCAGCAACGGCGCACAGUACCCCGAACCCCACAGAGAAGCAGCAGCAGCAGCAGCAGCAGCAGCAGCAGCAGCAGCAAGUGAAGGCAGAGCCGACCCCAGAAACGCCCUCCACAACUUCGUGCACAGCAGCAGCAGCGGCAGGGCCCACAACCACGACUGACUAG